UACGUACAACACAAUGAUAAAGUCCACAAACAUCCCCACUGGACUUUGCCCAGUAGCCAGCUGUGAAUCAGACUGGUGUUGUACUGGUGGAGACUGUGACUGCAACAAAAUGGACCUUUUGUUGCUGCACUUUGCCAUGUUGCCUUCAGUUCCUGGACCCUUUGCUGGCAUGUUAUCGGUUCUAAUUCCCUGCGAGUGUAAGAUGGGUGCAGUAAUGUAGCUCUUAUCAAAACUGUCUGUUAAACCACCUUUCACUUUCACAAUGACCAGUCUUUCUGCCAAGCUUUGAUACAAGAGUUCAGCUAUAGGCUGGCUCCUACUGCGUACCCAGAGCAUGUAAACCCCUUCUGCUGUUCACAUUUUACAGCAGGUAUAUCAGCAUUCUGUUCUCUGGCUUAUAAUCAAUGAAUGCUUUUCACUCAAACUCAUAACAAGGAAGUAAAUGUAAUAUAUAAGGUGUGGGUGUCAGUUUCAUUUCACAGUGAGAUAUUUUGAAAGGCAGCUUUGCAAAACAGACGUACAGAUGACUGUGAAGAGAGGUGAUGAUGGCUGCAUACGGAACACUGAUGAGAUUCAUUCUAAGUGUUGGGAUCCUGUUUCAAGGGUGUGAUUCAGAUGUGAAAUGCAGGAAUGACGCUGGAAACGUGGUGGACUGGUAUAUUUUAUACAAGCUGCCCAAAGGAAGUGGUGAUGGCUUGUCGUAUCUGUAUAUGGACGAGGGCACCAAAGGGUGGAAACACAGCAGAGAGAAGAUCAACAGUGACACUGGCACUCUGGCAAACACUCUGAAGCCUCUUCUUGACUAUUAUGCCAGAAAGACUGAAGGCUUUGGAUACAUGCUCUAUAAUGACCAGCCUUCAACGGGCAACGCUCCCUCUUCAUUUGGCCACAGUAAAGGGGUGGUGAUGUUGGACAGACAAACUGGAGUUUGGCUCUCACACAGUGCACCAAAAUUUCCAGCCGAUGGUAGAACCUUCUGGCCAGACAGUGCAAAUAACAAUGCUCAAACCUUUAUGUGUGUGACUUACUCCUAUGAUACAUUCAGCGAAAUAGGAUUGCAGCUCAAGUACAUCCACGCUUAUUCAUUUGACUCUGACAUCCCAACAACCUUUCACAAUGAGCUGCGAUGUGUUGCACAGCGAAGCUGCUACCCAAAGAAAGCACCCUGGUAUCAUGUGAUGAACCUGACUUCAAUGGCGGGAAAACAUUUCCUAAGCUUUGCAAAAUACACACGUUUCGGGGAUGAUCUCUACUCUGGCCUUAUUGUGAACCAUUUGCAGCAGAAUCUCUAUGUUAAGAGCUGGGGUAAGAUGCAACGCCCUCUGCCUUCCAACUGCAGCACCGCCAUCCAUCAUUCUUUGUACAAUGUGAAGGAAGUACAGCUCCUGAGGAAGCCCAUCAGUGAUACUGUCGAUCACUCCAAGUGGUGUGUGACAACUGGUGGAGGUUGGACCUGCAUAGCUGAUAUGAACAGAGAAGAGAGUCAGAAGAGCAGAGGUGGAGGAGCGAUAUGCACCGAUGAUGUUGAAGUUGGGAGAGCUUUCUAUGUGAUGAUCAGAAAGCAUGAAGAAUGUAAACAUAAAUCGGAAGUUGAACACGGAGAGCUUUAAAGGCACGAGUUUUAUCAAAAUGUAAAGAAAAGAAAUGCACAAAAACUAACAGGCAAGACUGAAGCCAGAUGUCACUUCCAAAUAUCGACUACAUCAUAACCCAUCCAGACUUAAAACUGCUGUGAUCUGAUAUUUUGUCAUGUUUUAAUGUUUGUUGACUCAUGUCUUUUGAGUUGUGUUUUAUCUAUUUUAAUCAACAACAAAACUGCAAUAAUUUCAUUUUCAAAAUUACGUCUUAAGCAUUAAACUUCUAAACAAUCAUGCUACCAUUACUGCAUAUAAAAUAAAUUGGAAUUAAUUAUUUUUAGUAAUAAUAAAUUACAAAUUAUUUGUAGGUGUUUUUUUUUUUUUUUUUUUAUCUUUUGUCUUUUUUCUUGAUAAAGGAUGGAUUGAAUUGUUUUAG